UCUACUGUGUCUUGUUCAGGCUUCCAAUUUCCUACUCACACUGGAAUGAUGAUAUUCAUCUAGAGGACCCCGGCGACCAAACUGCUAAGGUCCUGAGGGUGGAAAACUUGAAAGAAGAUUUUGUACAGAAAUUUCAAAAUAAGUUAUAUGGCUCUAAUCAGAAAUUACUUUGUAAAUCGCAGUCUGCCAUUCUGAAAAUUGUUUGUAAGCAAUUUCUACUACACAUCUCUGCCUUGAAUUGCUAUGUCUUCAGAGAAAGAACUCAAUGGAUUGGAUAAUUAUGGAUAUGUAAAUGAAAAUGAAAGCACACAUGAUGCCAGCACACUGGAAAAUGGAAACAGGAGACCUCAUUCAUCAAAGAAAAAUGCAGACAAUAUGCUAUAUCUUGUCACUGAUAAUCCUCCCUGGUACUUAUGCAUACUUCUUGGCACUCAGCAUUAUCUGACGGCUUUGGGCGGAAUGGUUGCCAUUCCCCUCCUUCUGUCCCGGGAGCUCUGUUUGCAACAUGAUCAUCUCACCCAAAGCAAACUUAUUAGCACCAUAUUUUUUGUGUCGGGAAUGUGCACAUUACUUCAAGUUCUUUUUGGGGUCAGGUUGCCCAUUAUUCAAGGAGGGACUUUUGCUUUCCUAACUCCUACUUUGGCCAUGCUGUCCUUGCCCAAAUUUAAAUGCCCAGAAUGGACCUUCAACAAGACGUUGGUCAAUAGCAGUGACCCUAUCUUCAUUGAAAUCUGGCAAACACGCUUACGAGAGAUUCAGGGAGCAGUUAUGGUGGCAGCCUGCUUCCAAAUAUUUGUGGGUUUUUCUGGUUUGAUUGGAUUUUUGAUGCGGUACAUUGGCCCAUUAACCAUUGCUCCGACCAUCUCACUGAUUGGACUGGCACUUUUUAAUUCAGCAGGGCAUGAUGCAGGCAUCCACUGGGGUAUUUCAGGCAUGACUACAAGCUUCAUUGUAAUAUUCUCCCAAUAUUUGCGGAAUGUGUCAGUACCUAUUCCUUCUUUUAGUAGGAGAAAAAGAUGUCAUUUUAAUUGGCUGAACAUUUUCCAAAUGUUCCCGGUGCUCUUUGGAAUUGUAGCUUCAUGGGUCAUUAGUUUUCUGCUGACGCAUUUUAAUGUCUUUCCCAAUGAUCCUAAUGCUUACGGAUAUUAUGCAAGAACAGACAUAAAGAGUGAUGUUAUCAGUCGUGCUGAAUGGUUUCGCAUUCCAUACCCUGGCCAGUGGGGACUACCGACUGUCAGCCUGGCUGGUACCUUUGGAAUUCUUGCUGGAGUGAUCUCUUCAAUGAUUGAGUCUGUUGGAGACUACCACGCCUGCGCCCGGCUCUGCGGCGCCCCUCUCCCUCCAAGAGAAGCUAUUAACCGAGGCAUCGGCAUUGAAGGGAUCGGCUGUCUUCUUGCUGGAGCUUGGGGUACAGGCAAUGGAACUACCUCUUACAGUGAGAACGUUGGCGCUCUGGGUAUCACGAAGGUGGGGAGCCGAAUUGUUAUUCUCACCAGUGGAUUAUUAAUGAUUUGUGUGGGAAUGCUCGUAAAAAUUGGAGCAAUUUUUAGCACCAUCCCACCACCAGUAAUUGGUGGAAUGUUGAUGGUGAUGUUCAGCAUUAUUACAGCUGUUGGAAUUUCAAAUUUACAGUUUGUGGAUAUGAACUCUUCGAGAAAUAUCUUCAUUUUUGGAUUUUCCACGUUUGCUGGCCUGGCCGUACCCAACUGGUUGAAUCAGCAUCCAGAUUCUAUACAAACAGGAGUAGUUCCAGUAGAUCAAGUCAUCCGUGUACUUUUAACCACCAGUAUGUUCGUUGGAGGAUUUCUUGGUUUUUUUCUGGAUAACACCAUACCAGGUUCAGAGAAGGAACGGGGUAUAGUCACUUGGAAGCAAUCUCUCUGUGCUGAUGGUGAUAAAGCAGCAACUGAAAGUGAUUGCUACAACUUACCUUUUGGCAUUGGCUUCAGAUGUUGCACUGGUGCUUGGACAAGAUACAUCCCCUUCUGCCCAAAGCUGAAACCUACCGAAAAGGAGGAGAAGGAAGUGAACACUGUAAUUCAUAAUGAAACUCAACUUUAAUGCAAUGUGAAAAAUACUUGAAUCAACCAUUUUCACAAAUAGAUGGAAUUGCUGUAUAUUUCAUUCAUAUUUUCCUAAAAUAGAAUUUUAAUCUCCUCUGCACCAAAGAAACAAAUUAAGAAUUCUCCAGAAGUUUCUAAAAGUAAAUGCCAGAGGUUACAAGGUUAUGAGAGAACAUCACUGCCACAUCUCAUUACCGUAACCACAUUCCACUUCCCUCAAUUGUUUUCAUAAUGUUUUCUCAUUCCUUUCUUCUUGUGACAAUUAAUAAAACAUUUCCAACAGCUUGUCUCCCUUUCCAUAUGUAAGAUCUGUAAUUGUAUACUCAGGAUAGUUAAUCAGUAACAAUGCAAAACUUUUCUUGGAGCUUUAUAAUGUAGAUCUUCACCUGUAGGACUUCCGCCAGUUCAGAUUUCCCAUUAGAGUGAGUUACCAUGGCAGAGGACAGAGAGGUGCCUCCACCCGACCUAAACUGAUGUGAAACUAGUGGAAAAGCACAAUCUGUUAGCAAUUCAUGUAACCUAAUGACAAAGAGAAUAACUGGCAGCAUUCAAGAGAUUUUGAUUAAGUAAUAUCUUGGGGUGAGUUUCUCCGUGUAAAUAAGUUAAUAACUGAUGUUAUUCUUUCAUUAAACAACGG